AGAAUCGCAGCAUCUAUGGUGAGGACCUCGCGCGCUCGCGGGGACUUUGGUUCCUGCGCGGGAAGACGCGCAGGGUGUACACGGCGCGUGCGCAGGCGUGGGAGCGCGCGCCUCUUUCUCCUCGGUGCCUUGCGGCCGCGCUUCCUCUCAUCGUCAUGGGCCGCCGCCCCGCUCGCUGUUACCGCUACUGUAAGAACAAGCCUUACCCAAAGUCUCGCUUCUGCCGCGCGGUCCCCGAUGCCAAGAUCCGCAUCUUCGACCUGGGCCGGAAGAAGGCCAAAGUGGACGAGUUCCCGCUCUGUGGGCACAUGGUGUCUGAUGAACACGAGCAGCUCUCCUCCGAGGCCCUGGAGGCCGCGCGCAUCUGUGCCAACAAGUACUUGGUGAAAAGCUGCGGCCGCGACGGCUUUCACCUCCGCGUGCGGCUCCACCCCUUCCACGUCAUCCGCAUCAACAAGAUGAUGGCCUGUGCUGGGGCCGACAGGCUCCAAACCGGCAUGCGGGGGGCCUUCGGAAAGCCCCAGGGCACGGUGGCCAGAGUCUGCAUCGGCCAGAUCAUCAUGUCCAUCCGCACCAAGCUUCAGAACAAGGAGCACGUGGUGGAAGCCUUACGCAGGGCCAAGUUCAAGUUCCCCGGCCGCCAGAAGAUCCACGUCUCCAAGAAGUGGGGCUUUACCAAGUUUAAUGCCCAUAAAUUUGAUGACAAGGUGGCCGAGAAGCGCCUCAUCCCGGAUGGUUGUGGAGUCAAAUACGUGCCCAGUCGUGGCCCCCUGGCCCCGUGGCGAGCUCUGUACUCAUCAGGUCUUUGACGGCGCUGCCUCCCGUGACCCUGCUGGUCUGACAGACACUCACCAAUAAAUUUUAUUCA